AAGAAUCGUGCAAAAAGAAUUAAUGGAUCGAAUGCUUAAAGGAAUUCCGAAGACAGGCUCAUUUGUAGACGAUACAAUUAUCACAGGGAAGGAUGACCAAGAUCAUUUACAAAAUCUGAAAAUGGUACUUCAGCGAAUGAGAGAGUGGAACUUUCGUUUAUCUAGAAAAAAAAGCAAUUUGCUGCAACCGUCAGUCAAGUUUUUGGGACAAAUUUUGUGUGCAGAAGGUAUCUGCACAGAUCUAGAUAAAAUCAAAUCCAUCAUGUCUAUGAGGGAACCCAAAGAUAUAAAUGAAUUAAAGUCUUUCUUGGGAUUAACACGUGAUGGAGUAAAAUGGAACUGGAACGACAAAUGCAGGAAAAGUUUUAACGGAAUCAAGAAAGCCGUAUCAAGCGCCCCCAUUCUAGCUCACUAUCAACAAACGGUUCCUGUUGGAAUAGCAUGUGACGCAUCUUCUGUUGGCGUUGGAGUAGUCUUAUUUCAUCGAUAUGAAGAUGGGAGUGAACGUCCAAUUGCUUUUGCUUCUAAGACAUUAUCAGCGGCUGAACGGAAUUAUUCUCAAGUGGAGAAAGAAGCGCUGAGCAUUGUAUUUGGAAUAAAACGCUUCAUCCAAUACUUAUACGGAUGUCGUUUUAUACUAGUUACGGAUCAUAAUCCGCUACUUGCAAUAUUUGGUCCAAAUCGUGAGUUACCAUCCCUAGCAGCAACUAGAUUGCACCGGUGGGCUAUAUUCUUGUCUAGUUUCCUGUACGAUAUUGAAUAUCGUAAUACUCAUCGUCACGGUAAUGCAGAUGCACUAUCACGUUUACCUCUCGAAGAUAGUAAACCGGUGGACGUCGAAAUCGAAGAAGAAAUUAAAGCCAUAGCUGUGGAACACCCAAUAACUUCAAAUUUAGUAAGACAAAAGACAAAUCGAGAUCCAACGUUGUCUAGCGUUACUCGUUUUAUUAGGAAAGGUUGGCCUGAUAAACAGUCUCAGUUAUCAGAUAAUUUAAAACCCUACUUUAUUCAUCGUGAUGAAUUCACAGUAGAACAAGGAAUCGUUAUGUGGGGUAUACGAGUUGUCAUACCAGAGUCCCUACGAGAUCAAGUCUUAAAGCAGCUGCAUGAAACGCAUUCUGGAAUCGUCCGAAUGAAGGCUCUAGCAAGAAGUUAUGUGUGGUGGCCGGGAAUGGACAACGACAUAGGUACACUUGCAAAAUCGUGUGUAUCAUGUGCCGUUAAUCGUGAUAAUCCUCCUACGGCUCCUUUACACCCAUGGUCGUUUCCAGAAAAAGCAUGGCAACGGUUGCAUGUUGACUUAGCAGGUCCUUUUUUAAACAACAUGUGGUUAAUAAUGGUCGACGCCUAUAGUAAAUGGCCGGAAGUUUAUAAGCUCGGAAAAGAUUCAUCAUCGGCUCAAGUGAUUCAAUGCAUUCGAGAAAGCAUAUCACGUUAUGGUAUUCCGGAUACAAUAGUCUCCGAUAAUGGUCCCCAAUUUGUAUCAAAGGAGUUUGAAGAAUUCUGUAAAAAGAAUGGUAUUCGUCAUACUACAUCGAGUGCCUAUCAUCCUCGAAGUAAUGGGGAAGCUGAGCGGUUCGUCCGAACGUUCAAGAAUAAUAUGAAGUCCAGUAAGAAUGCGCAAAAAGAUAACUUGGAAUUGUGUAACUUCUUAUUUAACUAUAGGAUCACAGUCCACGCAACUACAGGUGUUGCACCGUCGGAACUUAUGAUGAGAAGACAGUUAAAAUGUCACCUUGAUUUACUUCAUCCUGAUGUAGAUUCUACAGUCAAAAUAAAUCAAGAGAAGCAAAGACAUCAGUUUAAUAAAAAAGUUCCUGUUCGAGAAUUCAGUCCUGGAGAUAAAGUUUGGGUCCGAACGUUUGGAAAACAUGAUCCCAAAUGGAACCUUGGAACCAUUAUAAGAUCAGUUGGUCCAGUAUCAUAUAUUGUCCAAGUAGAUAGCCGUACUUUAAAACGACAUGUGGAUCAUAUUAUCUCGGCAUCUGUCCAGAAGCCAUUAGAAACUAAUUCUAACGACAUUAUCAUUAAUCCAGAGGAAUUGUCUAAUUCAACGGAACCAGAAAUCGUCGAAGAGCAAAGUCCAGAACCAGGAUCCAGUUCCAGCGCUGAACCAACGAAGUCCUCUCGUCCUAAGCGUAAUACGCACCCUCCGGAUCGUUUAGAAUAUUCGAGUCUUGGUAAACAAAAUCUAAAGGGGGGAGGAAAAUGUAGUAUCGAGUAAUAUUACUACGCGCGGCAUUGAGCACGGGAUACGGGAGAGGGCGCAGAC